GGGCCUGGGGCGGGCGCCGGCGGGGAGCCGGAGGGCGGGUGCGGAGGUGAGCGCCGGCACCUGGCUCGGCGCCCCGCUUCUCAGUGAGAGGCUCGGCGCGACCGUUGGGGCCGUUGGAGGAGGCGGGCGAGCCUUUGACCCCGGCCGUGCCUGGAGGAGGAGGUGGGAGGAGAUGCCUACAUAGAAGAGUGACAGCAGCUGGACUAAAUGUUUAGCCGCUGAACUGGUUCCUCAGGUAGCCCGGCCCUCGUGACUGCUAUGGGAGAGUGGAUGACUGUUACAGACCCAGAUCUGUCUUCAGAAAGCAAAAAUAUCUGUCAAUAUACCUCAGAAACAAAGAUGUCUCCAUCAAGUUUAUACUCACAGCAAGUGCUAUGUUCUUCAAUACCUUUAUCAAAAAAUGUGCACAGUUUUUUCAGUGCCUUCUGCACAGAAGAGAAUAUUGAACAAAGUAUUUCAUAUCUUGAUCAGGAAUUGACUACUUUUGGUUUUCCUUCAUUAUAUGAAGAAUCCAAAGGUAAAGACACAAAGAGAGAAUUAAAUAUAGUUGCUGUUUUAAAUUGUAUGAAUGAGCUACUUGUACUUCAGCGGAAGAACCUUCUAGCUCAGGAAAACGUAGAAACACAGAAUCUGAAACUGGGAAGUGAUAUGGACCAUCUACAGAACUGCUAUGCAAAACUUAAGGAACAACUGGAAACCUCCAGGAGAGAAAUGAUUGGGCUUCAGGAAAGAGACAGACAGUUACAGUGCAAGAACCGGAAUUUGCAUCAGCUACUAAAAAAUGAAAAAGAUGAGGUACAAAAAUUACAAAAUAUCAUUGCAAGUCGAGCUACUCAGUAUAAUCAUGAUAUGAAGAGAAAAGAACGUGAAUAUAAUAAAUUAAAGGAACGUCUACAUCAACUUGUUAUGAAUAAGAAGGAUAAAAAAAUAGCUAUGGAAGUUUUAAAUUAUGUGGGGAGAGCCGAUGGAAAAAGAGGCUCCUGGAGGACGGGUAAAACUGAGGCCAGUUUCUUUCUCAGGAAUGAAGAUGAAAUGUAUAAAAUUCUCUUGAAUGAUUAUGAAUAUCGUCAGAAACAAAUCCUAAUGGAAAAUGCUGAACUUAAGAAGGUUCUUCAGCAAAUGAAAAAGGAAAUGAUUUCUCUUCUUUCUCCCCAAAAGCAGAAACCUAGAGAAAGAGCAGAUGAUAGUACAGGAACUGUUCUCUCUGAUGCUGAAGAAGACGCUGGGGAACUGAGUAGGGAGAGUUUGUGGGACCUUUCCUGUGAGACUGUGAGAGAGCAGCUUACCAACAGCAUCAGAAAACAGUGGAGGAUUUUGAAAAGUCAUGUAGAAAAACUUGAUAACCAAGUUUCAAAGGUACACCUAGAAGGUUUUAAUGAUGAAGACGUAAUCUCACGACAAGACCACGAACAAGAAACUGAAAAACUCGAGUUAGAAAUUCAGCAGUGUAAAGAAAUGAUUAAAACCCAGCAGCAGCUUUUACAGCAGCAGCUGGCUACUGCAUGUGAUGAUGACACCACCUCGCUGCUACGAGACUGUUACUUGCUGGAGGAAAAGGAGCGCCUCAAGGAAGAGUGGUCCCUGUUUAAAGAGCAAAAAAAGAAUUUUGAGAAGGAAAGACGAAGCUUUACAGACGCAGCUAUUCGCCUAGGAUUGGAGAGAAAGGCAUUUGAAGAAGAAAGAGCCAGUUGGUUAAAGCAACAGUUUUUAAAUAUGACUACCUUUGACCACCAGAACUCAGAAAAUAUGAAACUUUUCAGUGCCUUCUCAGGAAGUUCUGAUCGGGACAGUCUUACAGUACACUCGAGGCCACGGCAGAAGAAGCCUCACGGUGUGUCUAACGGAUCUCCAGUUUGCACAUCCAAACUUACUAAGUCUCUUCCUGCUUCUCCUUCUACUUCGGACUUUUGCCAGACACGUUCCUGUGCAUCUGAACAUAGUUCCAUCAAUGUACUGAAUAUAACUCCUGAAGAACCUAAACCAAAUCCGGUUGGAAGAGAAGGUACAAAUCAGAAAUGGAGCAUGGCCUCAAGACCUGGAUCACAGGAAGGUUGCUAUAGUGGGUGUUCCUCGACCUACAGAAAUUCCCAUGUAGAAAAAGAUGACUUACCUUAGACGUGUGGACUGGAAUUGUUCUCAUCAGCACGUUCAUCAGAUUUCACAUCUGAGUUGAAACAGGGUGUGUCAUAAAGUCAGUCAUAUCUAAUGAUUGAAGAGGUGUUUGUUUGGACUUUCCUGUCCCUCCCCCAAAGAGCUAAAAUGUUGAAUCUAUUUAAAAGGAUAUAAAAGCUUUGGAUACGUAUUUUGAGUAACAGAAGCACCUGGUUCUGUGAAUAAAGGAAUGUAUAUGUUUGGAUGGAAACAGAAGCACUAGAAUGAGUUUCCUCUUAUAGGUAUUAAAAAUAGCACUUUUAGGAAACUGAUUAUUGUAAAUGUUUAAUUUUGUCUCAUAUCUAGUUGGCAUUGGAAAUUUAGCCUGUACUUGAAUGUAUACUGUAGAUUUUUAACAAAGCAAGUUCUAUAUUUAUUAUGUUUAGUGUGAUUUGAAAUUUCCUCUUUCAUAUGUUUUAAAUAAAGUGAAAUUUAUGUAUGUUUUGUACAUAGAUAUACAUGAUUAUGUUAAGAGGCUUUAAGAUUUAAAAAUUUUACACAUCCAUAUUAUAGUAUUUCAUGCCAAUAAAAUUUUUUUAGUGGUAUUCUGUUUACAGAUGUAUUAGAGCCAUUGCCACAUUAUGUUUAAGAACUUUUUGAAUGCAUCUGAGCAAUAAAUACUCAAAAGCUGUUCCA